AUGGUAGAAAUCAUGAAAAAAUCAUCGAAACAGGAAACUGUCAAAGUCAUCGUCAGAUGUCGUCCCCUAUCCAGUCAGGAAAUCGCGAAUGGACACUCAAAAUCGCUCGACGCCUUCAAAUUUCGUCUUCGACGGUUCGAAACGUUAAUCGUCCAUAUGCGACCACAACGGGGACAAAUUGAGUUGAAGAAUCCGAAAGAGCAAGAUGAGCCAACGAAAGACUUCACUUUUGACGCCAUUUAUGAUGAGAAUUCAACCCAAUCCGAUCUAUACGAGGAGACGUUUCGAGAUUUGGUGGAUUCAGUGUUGAAUGGAUAUAAUGCGACAAUUUUCGCUUAUGGACAGACGGGAACUGGAAAAACACAUACGAUGGAAGGAAAAUCAAAUGAUUCAGAACAACGAGGUGUCAUUUAUAAAUGUAUUGAUCACAUUUUUGAGCAUAUGGCUGCUUCGCAUAAUCAAGAGUACUUGGUUAGAGCCAGUUAUUUGGAAAUUUAUCAGGAAGAACUUCGAGAUCUUCUAGAAGCUGAAUCCUCUAAAAAGCUGGAAAUCAAAGAGCGUCCGGAUGGUGGAGUGUAUGUCAAAGAUUUGACGUCAAAGUUAACAAGAUCCGUUGCUGAAAUUCAAGAGGUUAUGGUUCGUGGAAACGCUCAUCGUUCUGUGGGCCGCACCAACAUGAACGAGCACUCAUCUCGCUCUCACGCCAUCUUCAUCAUCACCGUUGAAUGCUCGAGAAUCGGAGCCGAUGGCGAAUCCCAUAUCACAGUGGGCCGCCUAAACUUAGUGGAUUUGGCCGGUUCAGAGAGGCAGUCCAAGACAGGAGCAACUGGCGAACGAUUCAAGGAAGCCACGAAAAUCAAUCUCUCCUUAUCAGCCCUUGGAAACGUUAUCAGUGCUCUAGUAGACGCUAAAAGUGCCCAUAUCCCAUAUCGGGACUCAAAACUGACUCGGCUGCUCCAGGACAGUCUAGGCGGCAAUUCAAAAACCGUUAUGGUAGCUUGUAUCGGUCCAGCAUCGUAUAACUUCGAGGAGACAUUGGGGACUUUGAGAUAUGCAAAUCGGGCUAAGAAUAUCAAGAAUCAGCCCAAGAUUAAUGAAGAUCCCAAGGAUGCACUGUUGAGAGAGUUCCAAGAGGAAAUUGAGAUGCUUAAGGAGCAGCUGAGCAGGAGGAAGUUGAAAAGUAGAGGUGGAGAGAGCUACUAUGCUUCGGAACGAGCGAAAUUGGAGGAUGACUUGGAGGCUAUUCAAAAGGAUGAUUCACUGAUAAAACAGGAGAAAGAUAGGCUGAUAAGGGAGAUUCAGGAGAAACAUGAGCUUCUGGAGAAGGAGAGAAUUGAGCAGAAGAGAGUGGCUGAACGGAUUGCGAAUAUUCAAUCUAGGCUGAUUAGCAAAAAUGAAAUUCGAGACAUGUCUGAAGCGUUUUCGGACGAGCGACAGAAUUUGCAAGAGACGAUAUCAGAGAUUGAUAAGGAGUUAAGAUUAAAAUUGCUCAUCGUUGAAAACUUCAUUCCACCCGACGUCUGUGAUCGUAUGAAGGAGCGUGCCGAGUGGGACGAAAAUGAGUUCAGAUGGAAUUUAACGGCUUUCCCAUCAACGUCCUCAACUCCAGUAAAUAAUGUAAUCGAAGUCAACGAAGAUGGGAUUCUGACCCGAUCAACUGGUGGGGAUUCUGGAGUUUCUUUGAGCGGUGGAAACGGAAUGUCAUCAGCGAACUCGGCACUGGAUAAGCGAUUGGUCGCAACCCCCGGAUGCCGUCGACCAAUGUCAAUGUGUGAGCGAAUGCUCGUGGAAAGAGCACGAGAGCGGUUCAGCAAUCAGAGAAGACCACCCAUUUCUGGCAACAGUGCAUACGUGGAAGCUCAAAUUCCGGAAGAAACGAUUCGAUUUUGUGGAGAAAACGUUGUGAUUUUUAACGCGCUGGAACGUUUCGUUCCAGAUGUGACCGAUUCGGAUCCGGCCACUUUUUCGAAUAUGGUAAAAAAAUAUCUACUGUAUUUUUUGAGUAGUCUUCAAGUCAGAACGUCGUCCAUCAAUCGAAAAUCUGACAAUCGACGCAUCAAAGGUGCUCGUUCCGAUUCCGAGCCACCCAUCGAUGUCUAUCAAAAAUUCAAAAAACGGCUCAGCCCGCAACGACACAAUGCCACCGAACAACGGUUCGAUGAGACGGACCCAUCAUUAUUAGAAAUUGGAAAUUCGACGACGAUGAGCGGAUUAGAAUAUGUUGAUUAUUUAAUUAAUAAAACCGAAGAAAUGACGCGAAAACUUAACGAUUCAACGGAUUCUGAGGGUAUUUGUGCGGAUAUGGGCGGAGCUUCCACUUCCAGCUACCGUAAUCCAUCAACGUCAUCUGGUCGUGGAUCGAUGACGUCAUCGAUCAAUAAUUCGGGUGAUCGAAUGUUCCUAUCGACGAUUUCGACACCCAGAAGACCUCCGACUCGAAUUCCGGCACUCAUGACCAAAAGUUUACAUUAUCCAAGAUCCCAAUCCACACCCAACCAACCGCCUGUCGGUUCCUGUGAGCAAUUAUGUUAUCCGGAGGAGUUCGAGAAUUUCAGAAGUGAAUUCAGAAGACGUGACACGGAAAAUCUGCUGAAGCGAAGUCAGGAGAGGAGGCAGAUGAGAGCGAGUAGCUAUGAUCCAAGAUGCCUUCUGGCUCUCCAUCCGACGUCAUCUGCACGUCUAUCGACUUCUGCGUCAGCUUCAAUUUCCAACCAAUUCCAUCAGAUGACGUCAUCGAUUCAUCCAACGUCUUCAUACUCACGUCUUCUUCCCAGAAGACCCCAAUGGGUCAGAAGUCAGCCAGCUGGUCAAAUACAGCUGGCUGAAUCAACUGUCGCCAUGAUGAAGACGUCCACAGGAUUCUAUCUGGAAGAUUCUGAUUCUUCAGAUUCUGAUUUUUUGGAUUCUGAAAUUCCUGAAACCCCAACUAGACGGAAGAAUUUGAUUUCAAUGAGAAAAUUGAAAGAAAGGAAUCGGAAAAAGUAUAGAAACCCGAUCCGACGUCUUCACUCCCAUGCUCCGCCCACCACCAAAUCUCCAGAAUCCCAAAUCGAUUUUUCCGAAUUUCUCUGCGUCUCUUCUCCCAUAUUCUAUCUCCUCAUCGCGUUUCUUUUCCGAAUUUUACUGUUUUUCAGUGAAAAUUUUUUUUGA